AUGAGUAAAGUGGAGUUCUCCACCGCUCGCAGCUUCGCCCUCGAGGCACAGAAGAUGGACCAGACGCUGGAGACCAUCUCCAACAUGAUUGCUGUGUGCGACGUUCACUGCGCGGCGGAUGAUUAUACAUUCAGAGGCAAGACCGAUUGGUACAAGAUCCUCCAGGUCGACCACAACGCGGACACCAACGCCAUCAGCAAACAGUACAAGAAUCUCGCGCUUCUUAUCCAUCCGGACAAGAACAAGCUCUCCGGAGCCGAAGCCGCUUUCAAGUUGAUUGGUGAAGCUCGUGAACUUCUCUUUGACAAGGAAAAAAGGGCAAUCGUUGAUAUUGAACUCCAGAACAUCAACAGAGACGAGGCUCUCCGAGCCAAAGCCCUAGCUGAAGAAAAAAUGAGUAAGGCGGAGUUCUCCACCGCUCGCAGCUUCGCCCUCGAGACACAGAAGAUGGACCAGACGCUGGAGACCAUCUCCAACAUGAUUGUUGUGUGCGACGUUCACUGCGCGGCGGAUGAUUAUACAUUAAGAGGCAAGACCGAUUGGUACAAGAUCCUCCAGGUCGACCACAACGCGGACACCAACGCCAUCAGCAAACAGUACAAGAAUCUCGCGCUUCUUAUCCAUCCGGACAAGAACAAGCUCCCCGGAGCCGAAGCCGCUUUCAAGUUGAUUGGGGAAGCUCGUGAACUUCUCUAUGACAAGGAAAAAAGGGCAAUCAUUGAUAUUGAACUCCAGAAGCAUGCCCGGAGAAAGAAAGAGAAGAAAGAGAAGAAGAAGAAGAAGAAAGAGAAUAUUCCGAGCAAAUUCUGA